AUGCCGACACGCGACGCGCGCGCGGGACGGGCCGAAACACGAACCCCUGAACCCUCCGACCGCGACGAACGCGAAGAAUCACCACCACGGCUACGACCCAAACGGAUCACCAGACCACCGAAUAACUAUGCCCGGGAACAGGAAGAGGAAGCUACAAGAUAUGCGUUGGGCAGUCAAACUGAACGCCGAGGGAGAGGCAGACCAAAGACCCGCAAUGAAACCGCAGCAGAACGCGUCGACAGCUCAGAGGACGAAACAGAAACCGGUAACAGCAACCCGCAAAUGACUGAACUGCUCGCAGAGUUAGUCAAAUUACGAAGAGAAAUUAAGAGAAGGGAUGAAAGCCACAGAGAAGAACUAAGGGAAGUCAAAACUCAGUUUGCGGGAGCUCUUGCUGGGAUGCAGCAGGAACUGGCGGAGCUGCGCAAUGAGUUGGCCACAUCCCAAACCAACCAUGACGAGACACUUCGCGAAAUUCAAUCCCUACGCGCCUCUAUAACCAUCCCAGACCCUACAAGCAGCCCGUCCUAUGCAGAUGUCGCCCGUACCCCUCCAACCAGCCAACCAAGCAACAUACGGACUCUCUCAUCGUUUAACACGACACCGACCACCUUCACCGAUACGCUAUAUUGCACAAUAGAUACCUCGAAUGUGGCCGAUAAUGGAACCGAGAGAAUGUCCGCAGGCCCGAUUAGGGCAGCAGUGGAGAAAGAGAUCCGGACAAUAGAAAACCACACUAACUGGCGCUGUCGCGCGGUUACGGUGGACCCGAAGAACACAAAGCGGGUCCGAAUUGCUUGCCGGGAUGAAGCCGAACACCAGCUGGUUAAGAAGGUUGCUGAAGCAACAAUUGGCGCAGGAGCCCGGGUGCUCCGCGAUGACCUCUAUCCAAUCAAAGUCGACAGUGUUAGGAAAGCAGCAGUGCUAGAUGAAAACGAUGAGAUCCGAGUAGGGGCUGCAGCAGCUUUCAGCGAGGAGAAUGAAACCACUGUUGCCAAGAUCGCGUGGCUCAGCAAAAAGGAGAAUGCGAAGGCCUAUGGAUCAAUGGUGGUGUACCUGACCAAAGGCACCGAUGCACGAAGGCUCCUGGCCGAGGGGUUCUUCCACGCUGGGGGAGAAUCUGGCGUAACCAGCGCCUUCGAGCAUCGGCCACGACCGACGCAAUGCUACAACUGCCAAGAGAUCGGACAUAAGGCAUUCCAAUGCAACAACACCCAGAAGUGCGCGAAAUGCGCCAAGGAAGGCCACCGCCACAGCAUCUGCAACGAGACAACGCUCCGAAUAAUUCAGCUAAACGUAAGGAAACAGGGCGCAGUGCAUGACAGCUUAAUGAACGACGAAGAAAUUCAGGACGCAGCGGCAAUAGCAAUCCAAGAACCCCAAGCGAGAAGAAUUAACGGCCGACUCUUGACAACUCCGAUGGGACAUCAAAAAUGGACGAAGAUGGUCCCCUCCACAUGGAGGGAAGGAAGAUGGGCAAUCCGGAGCAUGCUAUGGGUGAGAAAGGACGUGGAAGUGGAGCAAGUGCCAAUUGAAUCCCCGGAUCUGACAGCGGCGGUCAUCCGGCUUCCCAAGCGAUUGAUUUUCAUGGCAUCAGUCUAUGUGGAAGGGGGAGAUGCCCAAGCUUUGCGUGAUACAUGCAGUAGCCUACGCAAGGCAAUUACCAAGGUAAGGCGAGAUACAGGCGCAGUGGUGGAAGUCCUGCUCGUGGGGGACUUCAACCGACAUGAUCAACUCUGGGGAGGAGACGACGUGUCUUUGGAGAGACAGGGCGAGGCGGAUCCAAUCAUUGACCUUAUGAAUGAAUUUGCUCUCAGCAGUCUACUAAAACGAGGCACAAAGACAUGGCAGGGGGGAGGACAGGGUGGAGACUACGAGUCAACUAUCGACCUCGUCCUGGCCUCGGAGAGUCUGACGGGUUCCAUGGUCAAGUGUGCAGUACAUGGGACAGAGCACGGCUCCGACCACCGCGCAAUCGAGACUGCGUUUGACGUUCCGGUUCCGGUUGCUAAACAGCAGGAGCGACUGCUGCUCAAAAACGCGCCAUGGAAGGAGAUUAAUGCUAGAAUUAUUACAAGCCUGGACAGCACGCCGUCGGACGGCACGGUGCAGCAGAGAACCGACCGACUAAUGGCCGCGGUGUUGGAGGCAGUGCAUGCCUUGACACCAAAGGCCAGACCGUCCCCAUACGCAAAGAGAUGGUGGACAACGGACUUAACACAACUCCGCUAUAUCUACACAUACUGGAGAAAUCACGCCCGCUCGGAGCGACGAGCAGGACGAAUCGCAUCACACCUAGAAGAGACAGCUAAAAGCGCGGCGAAGCAAUACUAUGAUGCUAUCCGUCAACAAAAGAAUAACCACUGGAAGGAGUUCCUUGCAGACAACAACAACAUAUGGAAGGCCGCGAAGUACCUGAAGACUGGAGACGAUACAGCAUUCGGGAAGGUACCGCAGCUCGUCCGACCAGAUGGUACCACCACCGCCGACCACAAGGAACAAGCAGAAGAGCUACUUGCUAAUUUCUUUCCCCCUCUACCAAACAACAUUGAGGAGGAAGGAGCCAGGCCACAACGAGCGCCAGUUGAGAUGCCUGCCAUCACCAUGGAGGAAGUAGAGCGACAACUGUUUAAAGCAAAAUCAUGGAAGGCACCCGGAGAAGACGGCCUACCGGCGAUAGCUUGGAAGAUGACCUGGCCCGCGGUUAAACACAGGGUUCUCGACCUGUUCCAGGCGUCGCUGGAAGAGGGCACGCUACCAAGUCAGUGGAGACAUGCAAAAAUCAUACCACUUAAAAAGCCAAACAAAGAGGACUACACUAUUGCGAAAGCUUGGAGGCCGAUUUCACUUCUCGCGACACUGGGCAAGGUCUUAGAAUCAGUGGUGGCAGAAAGGAUCUCACACGCAGUGGAAACGUACGGCCUACUCCCAACCAGUCACUUUGGAGCCCGAAAACAGCGAUCAGCAGAACAGGCACUCCUGCUCCUGCAAGAGCAAAUCUACACGGCCUGGCGUGGCCGUCGGGUCCUGAGCUUGAUCAGCUUCGAUGUCAAAGGAGCCUACAAUGGGGUCUGCAAAGAACGACUACUCCAGAGGAUGAAAGCGCGAGGCAUACCAGAAAGUCUGAUCCGGUGGGUCGAGGCCUUCUGCUCGGAACGAACAGCGACCAUCCAAAUCAAUGGGCAAGGGUCUGAAGUACAAAGCCUACCACAGGCUGGACUACCGCAGGGCUCUCCCCUAUCACCGAUCCUGUUCCUUUUCUUCAACGCAGACCUCGUGCAACGACAGAUCGACAGCCGCGGCGGAGCGAUUGCUUUCGUGGAUGACUUCACCGCGUGGGUGACCGGGCCAACUGCGCAGAGCAACCGGGAAGGAGGAGUGGAGCGACGUUUGAAGCAGACAAAACUGCCAUUAUACACUUCACCCCCAAAGCACACAAAUCAGAGCAGGAGCCUUUCACCAUCAAGGGACAAACCGUUGAGCCUAAAGACCACACUCAAAUACAAGGCACACAUAGCCAGGGCAGCGUCCAAGGGCCUAGAAGCAGCGAUGGAGCUCAAACGACUCAAAGGCUUAUCUCCCUCAACAGCGCGGCAGUUGUUCACGUCAACUGUUGCCCCAGUGGUGGACUAUGCCUCUAAUGUCUGGAUGCACGCUUUUAAUGAUAAGGCCAGCGGGCCCAUUAACCGGGUUCAACGGUUUGGAGCUCAAGCUAUAGUGGGAACUUUCCUCACCGUCGCAACCAGUGUGGCGGAAGCAGAGGCUCACAUUACCUCGGCGCAAAGCCGGUUCUGGAGACGGGCAGUGAAGAUGUGGACGGACAUCCACACCCUACCUGAAACCAACCCACUCCGCAGAAAUACGGAUCGUAUCAGGAAAUUCCGAAGAUUCCACCGCUCCCCGUUAUAUCAGGUGGCAGAUGUGCUGAAAAACAUCGAGAUGGAAACACUGGAAACCAUCAAUCCAUUUACAUUAGCACCAUGGGAGGAACGACUGCAGACCGAUAUUGGAGGAACCUCAGAGUCACCAGCAGAAGCCGGCGGAUCUAUGCAGAUCGCAGUCAGCAGCUCGGCACGGAAUGAGGUAGUGGGAUUUGGCGGAAGCAGAACCCAUACUCGGGAGAGCUGGCAGCAAUGGCACACGCAUUUAAGACGCUACCAGUACUGA